AUGACGAGAAAGAUCCAGAAAAAAAGAAGAAUUAGAAGACAACCUUCAUCGCCGUCUGUUCCUCACGAUCCCUCAGAGAUACUCUCAAAGCUGCCUGCAAAAUCUGCCAAGCGAGUUCGAAACGAAUCGUUCGAGACGAAUCGUUCCGCACGUGAACGUCCAAGGCUUUUAGUCUGCUUCAGAGAAGGUGACAAACUCUUUUCUUUCUCGAUUUCUCAACAGAAUAAUCAGAAUCGGAACGAGUCGUAUUCGUAUUCCCUAUCUCCACGUAUUGCUAGUUACCAAAUGACAAAAGCAGAACAUCAUUUUCCCUUCACCAUGAAAACAGAUUCAGUUCAGGGUUUGAUCUGCUUUCAAAAAACACGAAACCCUAUUGUCUGGAACCCUAGCAUGAGAAAGUUUUCAACUUUACCGAAACCAGGAAAAAAGUGGGAGGGGAAGCAUAUAACAGUGUUUUUAGGGUACGAUCCAAUCCAAGGUAAACACAAAGUAGUGUGCAUGCCUUUUGAUAAAAGAAUCGACGUGUGUAGGGCUUUAACAUUGGGAUCAGAUCAUGAACAAUGGAGAAGUGUCGAGACCAACCAUAAUCAUCUCCCUACAACUGGUAAAAGCAUUGUUGAUUUCUACGGACGAUGCAUCAACGGUGUCUUGUAUUAUCAUGCCAAGCUUGGUUCUUCUGAGAGGGUUAUAAUGAGCUUCGAUGUGAGAUUUGAAAAGUUUGGUGUAAUAACAUUACCAUGGGGUAAGUUUAGGGACCCUAUGCCCAUGAUGAUGAUAUCUUAUCUAGGGAAGUUAGCUUGUGUUGGUCAUGUUAACACUGUGAAUGAAAUUUGGAUGUGGGUUUUGGAGGAUGCAACGAAACACAAAUGGUCUCUUAAUCAGUUUACACCUCGUUCACAAGAUGGUCAGGGACAGUUUUGGCAAAGCAACCAGUUCAAACUAAGUGGUGCCACUGAUGAUGGUGAGUUGAUUUAUGUGCGAAAAGAGAUACUUGAAUCUUUGGAUAUUGUAUACAUUGAUCCAAAGAGAAAGAUGUUCAGAAGAGUCGAAUAUAGAGGCAUUGUCGAUGAUGGUUUUAGACGACGCAACGGACUUGGAGAUGGACCUCUCGGUGAGCUACAAGUUUUCAACAAUCACAUUGAUACUGUCAUGUCUUUGUAA